AUGGGACCGGACGCCGUCGAAGGGUUCGCCGUCGGCGACUACGUGAUCGCGCCGACGUACGGCGAGUGCGGGACAUGUGGCAGCUGCCGAUCGGGCCGGACCAACGUCUGCCAGACGUACGGCGCCAACGAGGCGGCCCUCGAGCCCGACGGCGACUCCAGAUUCUCGUACAUCGACGCCGACGGCAACAGGCAGAUCCUCUACUACUUCCUCGCCUGCUCCACGUGGACACAGUACAUGGUCGUUGACUCCAACUACGCCGUCAAAGUCGACCGCAGCGAAUUCGCCGCCCCGCAGGCCACCAUCCUCUCCUGCGCCUUCACCACCGGCUACGGCGCAGUCUGGCUCGACGGCCUCGUCUCGCCGGGGGACACCGUCGCCGUCUUCGGCGUCGGCUCCGUUGGUCUCUCUUCUGUGAUAGCGGCGAAGGAGCUCGGAGCGAGCAGAAUCAUCGCGAUCGACAGGAACGAGCGGAAGAGGGAAGUGGCGUUGUCUCUGGGGGCGACCGAUUUCAUCAACACCGUGUGGUUGGAGGGUUCGGCCGUCUCCGACAAAGUGAAGGAGCUGACCGGCGGGGUCGGCGUCGACGCCUGCAUUGAGGCCUCCGGCUCCGACGGCCUCAUGAACGAAGCCUUGAAAUCUGCCAUCGCGGGCAAAAACAAGACGGUGAUUUGCGGGGCGGGAAUCUUUCCGGGCAACAAGCUGCAAUUGGAUUUCUCGACGUUCCUGUUCGGGAACAAGCUGGCCGGGUGUAUUUACGGCCGGGUGAAAAUAAAAUCCGACCUCCCCACUGUGUUCGAGAAGGCCAAACUGCCGCAUAUUAGGGAUGGGAUCAACAGGAUUCUGGCGUACGAUGAGGAGACCGGGGAUUGCGGGUUCCAGGUGGACAUCAGGGACGGCAGCGCCGCCAUCUACACCGCGCUGAACGACUAUCUGGAUGAUAAGGACUCCAUCAAAAUCGUCAUCAAGCUCAACGAUGAUCCCUUCAUUAUCCCCAAGGAAAACAAAGCUGGAGGACCGAAGAACGGUGUGGAACAGGAUUCGUGA